UCGCUGGCUGUGCGCGCACCGGGGAGUGCUGCAGCCUUCCCCGUGCUCUGGGUCCGCUCCGCCAGCUCCUCGUGGAUAUCUAGCUGCUUGCCGACCUCACUAUGACUCUGGAAGAAAUCCGCGGCCAGGACACGGUCCCUGAAAGCACAGCCAGGAUGCAGGGCGCCGGGAAAGCGCUGCAAGAGCUCCUGCUGUCUGCGCAGCGCCAGGGCUGCCUCACCGCCGGCGUCUACGAGUCCGCCAAAGUCCUUAAUGUGGACCCCGACAACGUCACCUUCUGCGUGCUGGCCGCCGACGAGGAGGACGAGGGCGACAUUGCGCUGCAGAUCCACUUCACGCUGAUCCAGGCGUUCUGCUGCGAGAACGAUAUCGACAUCGUGCGUGUGGGCGACGUGCAGCGGCUGGCGGCCAUCGUGGGCGCCGGCGACGAGGCGGGCACCCCGGGAGACCUUCACUGCAUCCUCAUUUCGAACCCCAAUGAGGAUGCAUGGAAGGACCCCGCCUUGGAAAAGCUCAGCCUGUUCUGCGAAGAGAGCCGCAGCGUCAAUGACUGGGUUCCCAGUAUCACCCUCCCCGAGUGACAGCCCAGCUGGGGUCCUUGGUCUGAUCGAUGUGGAGACGCCCCGGGGCGCCUAGCGCGGGGCUGGCUCUGUGGACACGCCCUCGGAGGGCGCCGGAGUUCGGCGUGGAGACUGGCGAGCGGGGGCGCGUGGAGAGCCGCAAGGAGGCACGGUCCCCUCUAAGGAGGGGGCAGGGGCAGGGGCAGGCUGGCCCCGAGCCCAGGACUCUACAAGUGUGGGGAGGCUGCUCGCCCAAGAAGGCCAGAGGCGGGACAUUGGCUGGGUGCUGGGAAGGACGGACUGGCCAGGCCGGCGUGACUCAGCAGCCUGCGCUGUGGGCUGGAAGCCCGGGAAACGCGAGGCUAAGCGGCCCGGACUCGCCGUCACUGGAGCUCUUAUGGACCUAACAGUCUGCACUACUGUUUCAAAGCGGAUCCCGGCGAUGCUUCGUUUUCUAAAGGAUUAUGCUGCUGCAGCUUUGAGUUUACAAUAAACUUACUGAAACAAACUUAUUCUCUUUAUUGAGGGUAGGGGGUCCUCUCUGAGAAGGAGAUGGU